GAGGCGACAAUUGGAACGUUUAGAAAGCCGCGAAACAUCUCGAAUGUUGUAGACAAAACCCAUCACUCUAUAUAUCUCCAACUAAAAACAAAGUAAGAUUACCAGAAUUUCAGAAGAAAGAAGAAUCCGAAAAUUAAAGCAGUACUUAUUACCAGAUAAAUAACAGCGCUCGGAACUCUUCGUCGUUUCCGGUUGGUCAAUCGAUUGAAUUGAGCUGGUGGCUUUUGUGAUUUGUGUCAUUUAAUUUUCUUCAAUCUUCAUCAUAACGACUCAGAUAUCUGAUUUUCGGGAAAAGGUAUAUGGAUUCUGAUCCAUACCAUAAGAAUCAAAUCCCCAGUUUCCCAUAUUCUUAUUAUUAUCCCAAUGCUCAAAUACCUGCCAGGCCUGAUAUGAACGUGGAUCCGGGUAAGUUUUACGGAUCUUGGCCAUUAGGUGGCUAUCCAUGUCCAGUACCCCAUGGCGGUUGUUGCCAUAGCAGCAAUUUUCAACAACCAAGUUCCUAUGCUCCCAGACCUCCUUACCCCCACAUCGCACCCCAUCCUUUCCACUAUGCGCCUCCAGGACCGUAUCCUUUUCACUAUGUGCCCCCUCCAUACUUCUCAAUGGAGCAGCCGCAUUAUGGUUUUCCAAAUCAUUUUCCCACUGAUCAUCAUUGCUGUGGGUGCCCAAACCAUCCUUGCAAGAAGAAUGAGACGAAGGAUUUGAAGAUUGAGGAGCAUGAUGAGAACGUGGAUAGGAAAAAUGGUGAAGCUAUGGUUCCUUUCAACGCCUGGAGUCAUCCUUAUCCAGUUGGUUGGUUUCCUUACGGUGAUGUCAGCAGAGAGUACCCAAAAGAGCAGGGAAAGGGUUAUAGUGGCUGGUCCCCUUUGAAUUACAUGCAUAAUUCUGAAGGAUUGAAGGACGGGGAAGACUUGCGGCUAACAACACCGCAUAAACAAGAUGGUAAGAGCAUGCCUUUUCCAUAUCCAAUAGUCUGGAUGCCUGACCAACCAAAAGAUAAUCCAAAGAUUGGAAGGAAAGUGAUUGAUUUGGGUCCAAAGUCUUCUUCUGAUCAGGAAUUGCCGCAACUUCUGGAACCCAAUCCAAAGGGUUCCUUGGAUGAUGAAGGUAAGGCCUUCAAUUCCGGAAUUGAGGAAAGGAAGACAGUAAACAAAGGAGUGUCUUUCCCAAAGGUCAUUCCCGUGAAGCAGUUGGAAGAUCAUAAUGACAUGAGGUCCCCUUCAAACCAGACGGAAGGAAACUCCUCCCAUGCUACUAUGAAGCCAAAAAAUGAAAAUGGGGACAAAAAAAUCAUCAAGGAGAAUGGUCCUAAACAACAAGUAUCCUCUCCUAAAAAGCCAUCUAAGCUACCUCCUGUUUGUCUAAGGGUUGAUCCCUUUCCAAGGAAAAAAGGCCAUAACAAACCACUUGACAGGCCAAAGGACAAACAUACUGCCCCAUCGAAUGGGGUAGGGACCAGUGAAUGCAAAUGCGCGGAUGAGGUUAGUAAUACGGCGGAGGGAAGCAAAUGCAGCAAUGAAACUGUAAAGGUCAACAUUGAAGAGACAACCCAAGGGGAGGAUGCACAUAAAGAAGUGAAUGCUGGAUGUGAUAUUCCUACUGGUGAAAGUGAAAGUGGAGUAGGUAGUGUUGGAAUUAAAGGAGUUGCUCCCUGUGAGCAAGAAAAGAGAACAUGUCCUGGUGUUGUACUCUGCAAUAACACAAAAGGUCAAACAGAAACACUGACCAAAGUAAAAUUUUCAGGAAGUGAGGCAGCCACCAAGAUCCAGUCGGCAUAUCGUGGUUUUGAAGUGCGUAAAUGGGAGACUCUGAAGAAACUAAAGCAAAUAUCCAGGUUUAGAGAGCAAGUGGCUGAGUUAAGGACUCAUAUUCAGGCUUUGGAGGAUUCUUCUGAAAAGCCAGUUGAUGACAAGCAGAAAAAUGUGAUUGCAGAGACCAUAAUGAACCUUCUUCUGAAGCUUGAUGCAAUUCAGGGUUUACACCCAAGUGUAAGAGAGGUUAGGAAAUCUGUUACGAGAGAGCUGGUUAGUCUGCAGGAAAAGUUGGACUCUCUUAUUGACAGAAGUUCACAACAAGCAAUAACUAAGCACCAUUUAACAGCUGAAAAUGCUAUUAGUGUUGAUGGGUGUGCUACUAGUAUUGAUGGCAAUGCUACCGUCAUUCAAGGGCACCCCAAUAACACAAUGGAGCAAAGUGAAGAGGGGGAGCUGCUGCCACUUCCACUGGAAAAUUUAAAUGGCAUGGUGCCAAAUGAUGGACAAGAUAAUGAUGACCAGCUGAGUUCCAUGGAAUUAUUAGAAGCCAAGGAGAAGAUAUUGGACCUUGUUGAGUGUCCAUCAACUAACAAUGAUGCAGAGAAAACAGAUGCUAGCUGUCUUGAUAUACUAUCCCAGGAAGAGCAGCAAAUGGGUCCAGAUGGGUCCUGUUUGUUGAAGGAUCAGCUGAAAGAAGCUGCACAAGUCUCACCACUAGGUAACAUUUUGAAUAGUGUAGAGCAUGAGGAGGCAGAAGCAAAAAACGAUCAAGAAGCUGGAAUUUGCAGCCAGACGUCUGAAGCAACAAAAGGGGUUAUCGAUGGAUUUCCACAAGAUGAAGCAGGUCUGGUGGAAGCAGGGCACUUGAAUAGAAAAUUGGAAGAUGAUGAUCAAAAGAAGCAGCAGGUCCAGGAUGAAAAUGAUGAGCUGAAGAGUGGUGGCGAAACAGCUCCCAAAGAAGCAGGAGAAGCUGUUGUCAAUGAAACUGCAGCAGCUGCUGAAGUUGCUGGUUGGACAGCAUGUUCUGAUCAGGAAGGUGAUAGUAAGCACGUAGUGGAGGAUAAUGAAAAGUUGGAUAGAGACAUGGAAGGUGAUGAUCAAAAGAAGCAGCAAGUCCAGGAUGAAAAUGUUGAGCUAGAGAGUGGUACAGAAACAACUGCCAGAGAAGAAGCCGUUGUCAAUGAAACUGUGGCAGCUGCUGAAGUUGCUGGUUGGUCGGCACCUUCUGAUCAGGCAGGUGAUAGUAAUCACGUAAUGGAGGAUAAUGGAAAGUUGGAUAGAGAAAUGGAAGAUGAUGAUCAAAAGCAGCAUCAGGUCCAAGAUGAGAAUGUUGAAAUAAAAAGUGGUGGAGAAAAGGAUGCCGAAGGAGGAGGAGCAGAAGAAGCUGCUGCUGUCAAUGCAACUGCAGCAGCUUCUGAUAACCGUGGUUGGUCGGCAUAUUCAGAUCUAGAAGGUGAUAGGAAGCUGGUAAUGGAGGAGAAUGAAAAGUUAAGAAAGCUUAUGGAGGGAUUGGUUGAAUCGGGUAAAGAGCAGCUGACCACCAUAUCUGCGCUCUCUGCUAGAAUCAACCAACUUGAGAAGAUGUUGUCCUCUUCUAAGAGAAAGAAGAAGCUGAAAAUGAGAGCCCAAAAGUAGAGCCGCACUCCCAGAAAAGGAUUCGUCCGAGGUUCUGUAAUUGUAUAAAAUGAAUCCGGUUUUUGCUUCUUUUUUUGUAGUGUGUAGUAGUAGAGGACAUUACUUGAUUUACUUCUUGUUUGAAGUCAAUUGAUGUGUUCUGUUUCUGAAAGUGUCUCAAAA